UCAGAGCCGCUGAAGCUGUCGCGGACUCCACAUUCCAUCGGGAAACACCUUUCUGUGAACGCGUUUAUUUUCAACAAUCACUAGAGAUCACUGUAACCGAGGAGAUAAGACGAAGAUUUACUUUUUUUUCGAGUCUUUUCCGAGUGACAAAUAAACACACUUAAAGAUGUCUGACGACGAGGAGCAAUACUCCAGCGAGGAAGAGGUCGAAGAAGUCGAAGAACCCGAGAAGAAAAUCGAGGGUAGGGCGUCCCAAAAGGCGUCUGAGAAUCCCGAGUUUAUGAAGAGACAAGAACAGAAAAGAAGUGAUCUCGAUGAACAACUUAAAGAAUACAUCAUGGAGUGGAGGCAGCAGAGGUCGAAAGAGGAAGAAGAGUUGAAAACUCUCAAGGAAAAACAAGCCAAGCGCAAAGUUAGCCGUGCUGAAGAGGAAAAAAAAUUGGCUCAAAAAAAGAAGGAAGAAGAAGAACGUCGCCAGCGUGAAAUUGAGGAAAAAAAACAACGUGAUAUGGAAGAAAAAAGAAGACGUUUAGAAGAAUCUGAAAAGAAACGUCAAGCAAUGAUGCAAGCAAUGAAGGACCAGAGCAAAAAGGGUCCAAAUUUUACAAUCAACAAGAAAGAUCUUGGAGGUAACCUUUCAUCUGCACAACUUGAACGUAAUAAAACAAAAGAACAACUUGAAGAAGAAAAAAAGAUAUCUUUAAGUAUUCGUAUCAAGCCACUUGAAAUUGAAAAUCUUUCAAUUGAAAAAUUACGUGCAAAAGCCAAUGAAAUGUGGGAAGUUAUUGUUAAACUUGAAACUGAAAAAUAUGAUCUUGAAGAACGUCAAAAACGUCAAGAUUACGAUUUGAAAGAGUUGAAAGAAAGACAGAAGCAGCAAUUGAGACACAAGGCUUUGAAAAAAGGUCUUGAUCCAGAAGCUCUUACCGGCAAAUACCCACCAAAGAUCCAGGUUGCCUCUAAAUAUGAACGUCGUGUAGAUACCAGGUCCUACGAUGACAAGAAAAAACUCUUUGAAGGUGGUUUGAAUCAACAACUCAAGGAAACCAUGGAGAAGCAGUGGACAGAUCAGAAGCAAGAAUUCCUUGGUCGCCAGAAGACGAAGUUACCUAAGUGGUUUGGUGAAAGACCAGGUAAAAAGAAGGAUGAUCCAGAAUCACCAGAAGGUGAAGAGGAUGUCAAAGCAGCUGCUGAUGAUGAUUUGGAACCAGCACUUGAAGAAGAAGAAGAAGAAGAAGAAGAGGGUGAAGAAGAAGAGGAAGAAGAAGAGGAAGAAGAAGAAGAGGAGGAAGAAGAGGAAGAAGAAGAAGAAGAAGAAGAGGAAGAAGAAGAGGAAGAGGAAGAAGAAUAAAAAUAAGCUAACCAAUAUAAUAUAAGAUUACAUUUGGAC